AUGGCGUCUGCGAUUUUAUCAAGCAGAAAUGAACGAAACUCGGGUGAUUUUAUGAAAAUGUUCAUUGGAAAAAUCAGGAGCAAAUGCGGUCUUCUUGUCCGUCUGGAGCGGUGUUUAUCGGUUCGUCGACUAAUUCCGUACCGGCGAACUCACAUGGAUACAGUUCUGGAUCUGGAGCGGGUGAGGAACCUCAAGCAUUGGAUCUGUUCGACGCCGAUACCCAAAACACAUUAUCAACCCCCGUCGCUGGGGUUACCGCCGGCGCCAGAAGUUGAUUUGACGGUGAAAGAACGCCCAAAGAAUGCAGUCGGUCAGAAACGUGCGAAACCGUCUUCGUCAGCCAGGGAUACGAAGAAGCAUUGUGGUGCUCGUAUGAAGAACAAUACGCAGAGGAGUAAGCUCGUGAUGAAGAAAUGUGGGCAAAUUUUAGGUAAGCUGAUGAAGCACAAGCACGGUUGGGUUUUCAAUACUCCAGUUGAUGCGGCUGCUUUGAAGCUAAGUGAUUAUCAUAAAAUCAUCAACAAGCCGAUGGAUCUUGGAACUAUCAAGUCGAAGCUUACUAAAAACGAAUACGAAUCUCCUCUCGCCUUUGCUUCCGACGUCAGAUUAACCUUCCAAAAUGCCAUGCUCUACAAUGGCAAGGGCUCCGAAGUUUUCGCAAUGGCAGAGCUUCUUCUUUCGCUGUUUGACGAAAUGUUCGAUCCAAAUCAUCAUUCCAAGAGCCAAAAUCGUUCCACCAAACUACCCAUAGAACAAAAACCACUUCCAAUCGAAAAUGAGAAACCAGUAUCCAAUGUCAGAAAAUCAAACCCUGUACCUCCUCAACUCCCACUACAUCCAGGCAAUACAUCGAGUGAUAACAUCAGAAAGCCAAAGAAGCCGGAGAUGACAGAACAGGAGAAAUCAGAGCUAGCAGCAGGAUUAAACAAUCUACAACUGGAUCCUGAAGGCAUGGAUCAGAUAAUGGCAAUCGUUAAGAAAAGGGUUUCCAAAUUAGAACAAGAUGGAGGUGAAAUCGAGCUUGAUUUUGGUUUGCUUGAUGAUGACACGCUAUGGGAGUUGCAUAGGUUCGUUGGCAUCUCCUGUAAGAAGACAAUCACUAACAUGGGUUCUUCUGUACAGACUAACAACUCUCCAGAUAUAGAAGAGGAGAUUGAUAUAGGAGAAGAAAUCCCAUUAAGCAGUUUCCCAUUUCUUGAAAUCGAAAAAGAUGGUUUAACAGUGAGUAGUGGUGGUGGUGGUAGUAGCAGCAGUUCAACCAGUGAUUCGUCAUCUAGUGAUUCAGAUGGUUGUUCAGGGUAGAGGAAAUGGAGAGAUUUCUGGGGGUUUGUGGUGAAAAGUGAAAGGAGAGAAAUUCUAACUGUUUUUUUUUGGAGGUGUAGAGAAGGUUAUAUGUAAAGGAAUUAACAUGAUAUGAUAUGAUAUGAAGAAAGAAGUUUUAGUUAGAAGAAGGUGAAGUAGGAAUUGGAGGAAUGUAAUUGAGAUGGAAGAUGGAUGGAUAUGUAGAUACUGAAAAGUAUGUUCUAAAAAGUAAAAGAGUACGUUUUAUGGAUAGAUGUUUUCUAACUUGAAAUGAAUGAACAAUAAAAUUUGAUAAUUGAAACAAGGAGAUUUUGAAAAUGGAGAUUCUUGGUUAAAAAAUGGCAAUGAUUAGUUGAUCAUACGUGUGUAAUCCAUAAACUUAAUAAAUGAAAAAAAAAAAAAAACAAGCAAACUGACUAACAGGUUGUGGCCAUAAUUGUUAUUAUUAAUAUUUUCUUUUUAC